AUGGGAGAGAAAGAGACUGUAAGUGAGUAUUAAAGAGGCUUUGCUGGUCCAAUCCCUCAGUAACUGUCACAAGCAGUAGUCAUCUGCAGAUUAUUUUCCUGAAAGCGUCCCUAGCAACCCAGUCACCCUCCCCUCAGUCAAUGGUUUCAGUACAGCACAGAGUUACAUUUAGGUAACCUGCCUACACAAAGCAGUCUGAGACUGAUAACACACACCCCUCACCAUGGAGAUACUGGGAGGGGAAAGUGUGUUUUACAGGAUCAUCUCUCCACCCCCAACCCUUCCCUCCGCCCCUUCUCUAUCACUCAACUCUCACUCCCUCUCUCAUCUCUCCCUCCAGCCAGUUGCCCCCUCCUGCUUUAAUUCCUCCAAUCCUCUUUGUAGGACUGACGUCUGCUACUGUCACAAACAGAGCUAAGCCAGGAGAGGAGAGAGGAGGGAAAAUAGGGUGGUAGUCUCAGGAACAAACUGCUCUCUAUCUCUCACAUUUCCACUAGCUCAGCUCCCAAAGCUCUCCAGGCCUCAGGGGGGCUGCUCUACACUCCCAGCUCCCUCUCCCUUUUGGGACUCACCACCCUGCCUGAGACCGGGAGACAUCCAGGGGACACUCACUCAGCUUCACCCAGGACCUAGGACUUCAGCUCACUGCAACUGUAUCCUCCUCAGAGGACUCCUGAGCCUGCAGCGUGACCCACCCUCCCUACUUCUGUCUAACGAAGAGAGAGGUAGUUCUCCAUCUUUCUGUACUUCUAUCUCAGGAACACCGGAGCUCCCACCCUUAGGCCUUAUCUCCCAUAGACUGUAUCUGCAGAGAGACAGGAGAACACCCCAAAGACAGAGACAGGAGGAUUUAGAGGAGGGCUAUUUAAUUGACACACAGUUGUGAGACAGCGUGUCUGUGUGUAUUUCUGAUAACGAGUGUGGCAGUGAAUGGACACAGACCACUCGUGUCAGCAGUGUGUUAGAGAAAUUACACACUCUGGGGAAGUCUGUUCUAGUUGGGUGUGCAGGUGUCCGUGAUAUGCCAGGUGUUAGUGAGUGAGGCAUUGUAAUUGUAAGGCAUUGAAUGUGCAUUUGAGACUUGAUAGAGGCCUCAAGUGUGUCAGAGGCAUCGGUUGUGUGUGUGUGAGAGAGGUCCGUCAGGUCUGUAUGCGUGUUUGUGAAAGGGGUCAGUCAGGUCUGUGUGUGUGUGUGUGAAAGGGGUCAGUCAGGUCUGUGUGUGUGUGUGUGAAAGGGGUCAGUCAGGUCUGUGUGUGAGACGACGGCCGUGGAGGCCUUAGCCCUGGAUUUCUCAGAGAUGGAGGGUCAAGGCUACGACCGGUUUGGUGAAGGUGAACUUGAGCGAGACACCUACCAGAUCGACUACCGCCGUAUAGUUGGUGACACUGAGCCCGCCAGGCCGCACCUCUCGCCCCGCGAAGGGGAACAUACACACCCCAACUCCAACCCCCGUGGAGCCUACACACACACCAACCCUCACGGCCAUGGGCACGAGACGGCUGCGCAGAGAUACAGUGCCACACGCAUCCAAGCUGGAUACGAACCUGAGAGGUGAGCCAGACACACACACACACACAGGUGACAAACAAAACUAGUCAGCCUAUACCAUUCGUCAUCAUCUAAACUCCAAUUGCUCUAACAAUCAGUCAACAACUAGGCCCUAGCUCAGUCCCAGGUCCCAGACCCCGCUGGCCUAGUGAAUUACUGGCUUUCAUCUACAUGAACAAACUACCAAACAUCCAUCUGCCAGUCAAGGUGUUUUCAUUGACGUUGUCAGUGAGCUUUAUAAAUCCCAGUUAGCUGCUACCGGGAGACAGUGAUGUAACUAAAGCCUCUUACCUGCCGCUUGACCGUCACACAGACUGAAAUACUUUCCAUUGACAGGGUUAUAGAGUCUGUAGGUUCAUCAACAUUUCCACACUACAGAGCCAAGGUAUUUAUCUAAUGGAAAGGUAAAAAACCACACUGAAGGUAAAAUCAUUUACAUCAUUAGGUGCUGUAGAAAGACAACUACGUACAGUAUAUUCCCUUAUAUCACGUCAAAACAACAAACUGUAGCUUACAGCAAUACGUUCUCUCUGGAUAACAUGGUCUUAGGAGCAUGUAUUCUACCCAGGAGGUCUUUGAAUUUUCACUGACAGCCUUGCAGGUGAAACAUGGAGAUACAGUAUUAUGCAUAAUUAAAUCUGUCUAUAUAUUUCAAGCUGCAAUCUGUAACUUUUGGGUGACCCGACCAAAUUCACAUAGAAAUGUUAGUUAUAAAUCUGUCAUUAGCUUUGAAAGCAAGUCUAAUUAGUGGUAUAUUUGUUCUAUGUGUGCUAUUUCUAUGCUUCCCGUUAAGUUUCUAUUUUGCAUCUUUUACUUUCAGUUUUGUACACCAGCUUCAAACAGCUGAAAAUACAAUAUUUUUGGUUAUGGAAAAUAUAUUUCACAGCGGUUUAUAUAGUACAAUGACUCUUGACACUUGCUUGUUUUUUUCACAUAAACUGAAAUUAGGCAAACUUAGAAUUUUAGAAAACAGGAAAUGGCGGAGCGAUUUCUGCAUAGUGCACCUUAAUCUGCACGGUUAAAACUACAAAUCCUGCAAUAGAGUCUAGAAGCGCUUCGUCCCUAUAUAUGGUCAGCUGGGUUCUGUCUACAGUUGAAGUCGGAAAUAGUUUACAUACACCUUAGCCAAAUACAUUUAAACUCAGUUUUUCACAAUUUCUGACAUUUAAUCCUAGUAAAAAUUCCCUGUCUUAGGUCAGUUAGGAUCACCACUUUAUUUUAAGAAUGUGAAAUGUCAGAAUAAUAGUAGAGAGAAUUAUUUAUUUCAGCUUUUAUUUCUUUCAUCACAUUCCCAGUGGGUCAGAAGUUUACAUACACUCAAUUAGUAUUUGGUAGCUUUGCAUUUAAAUUGUUUAACUUGGGUCAAACAUUUCAGUUAGCCUUCCACAAGCUUCCCACAAUAAGUUGGGUGAAUUUUGGCCCAUUCCUCCUGACAGAGCUGGUGUAACUGAGUCAGGUUUGUAGGCCUCCUUGCUCGCACACGCUUUUUCAGUUCUGCCCACACAUUUUCUAUAGGAUUGAGGUCAGGCUUUGUGAUGGCCACUCCAAUACCUUGACUUUAUUGUCCUUAAGCUGUUUUGCCACAACUUUGGAAGUAUGCUUGGGGUCAUUGUCCAUUUGGAAGACCCAUUGCGACCAAGCUUUAACUUCCUGACUGAUGUUUUGUGAUGUUGCUUCAAUAUAUCCACAUAAUUUUCCUUCCUCAUGAUGCCAUCUAUUUUGUGAAGUGCACCAGUCCCUCCUGCAGCAAAGCACCCCCACAGCAUGAUGCUGCCACCCCCGUGCUUCACGGUUGGGAUGAUGUUCUUCGGCUUGCAAGCGACCCCCCCUUUUCCUCCAAACAUAACGAUGGUCAUUAUGGCCAAAUAGUUCUAUUUUUGUUUCAUCAGACCAGAGGACAUUUCUCCAAAAAGUACGAUAUUUGUCCUCAUGUGCAGUUGCAAACCGUAGUCUGGCUUUUUUAUGGCGGUUUUGGAGCAGUGGCUUCUUUCUUGCUGAGCGGCCUUUCAGGUUAUGUCGAUAUAGGACAUGUUUUACUGUGGAUAUAGAUACUUUUGUACCUGUUUCCUCCAGCAUCUUCACAAGUUCCUUUGCUGUUGUUCUGGGAUUGAUUUGCACUUUUCGCACUAAAGUACAUUCAUCUCUAGGAGACAGAACGCGUCUCCUUCCUGAGUGGUAUGACAGCUGCGUGGUCCCAUGGUGUUUAUACUUGCAUACUAUUGUUUGUACAGAUGAACAUGGUACCUUCAGGCAUUUGGAAAUUGCUCCCAAGGAUGAACCAGACUUGUGGAGGUCUACAAUUAUUUUUCUGAGGUCUUGGCUGAUUUCUUUAGAUUUUCCCAAGAUGUCAAGGAAAGAGGCACUGAGUUUGAAGGUAGGCCUUGAAAUACAUCCACAGAUACACCUCCAAUUGACUCAAAUGAUGUAAAUUAUCCUAUCAGAAGCUUCUAAAGCCAGGACAUAAUUUUCUGGAAUUUUCCAAGCUGUUUAAAGGCACAGUCAACUUCUGACCCACUGGAAUUGUGAUACAGUGAAUUAUAAGUGAAAUAAUGUCUGUAAACAAUUGUUGGAAAAAUUACUUGUGUCAUGCACAAAGUAGAUGUCCUAACCGACUUGCCAAAACUAUAGUUUGUUAACAAGAAAUUUGUGGAAUGGUUGAAAAACGAGUUUUAAUGACUCCAACCUAAGUGAAUGUAAACUUCCAACUUCAACUGUAUGUAUGUAUGUAUGUAUGUAUUUAUACUGUAUAUAUAUAUGUGUGUGUGUGUGUGUGUGUGUGUUCCAGCAUGGCUGACUACCUGAUCAGUGGAGGGACGGGGUACGUGCCUGAAGAUGGACUGACGGCUCAGCAGCUCUUCUCUAUCGGGGAUGGACUCACAUACAAGUAAGAUUUUUUUUUAUACAUUCUAGUUAGAGAGCAGCAUUUCCAAUGAUCUUGAUUGAAAUUCCAAUAAUUUUGCAAUUUAAAGUUUAUGACAGAGAGAGUCACUCAGCCUGGUCUCAUAGAAGUAACAUAGUAAACAUACAGUACAUCCGCGACACUCAAAUUAGUAUGAUAUGAUAUGUUACACCUUCUGCCUGCAGCCACACCAGCAAUAGGUACAUGACACUAUCUAUGGCAGCGCUGUCUACGGCCGUGGUCCUGAAACCGCGAUCAGUCUUGGUGGUGAGCGCUGCUCGCGGCGCUGCCCAUGGUGCUGAAUUGUUUAUGCGCCCAUUAGAGGAGUUUUCCAGUCGGGAUUUGUUCACAGUUCCCGAUAACUCAGAAAGCUCAGAAAUGCAGGAAUAAGACCGUGCCCCCAGGUUGACUGUUGUGGUUGAGAUACUGGAAUUAUUACCAUCGAGUUUGGCCAACUUCAGAGCCAGGCGCCAUGUUGUUGCCCUGAGCAUUCCAUUCAACCGAUGAUGGUCAGUAUUAGCUAGUAGGCCUAGUUCUGAUACUAGCAGACAGGUGCUCCUCCACCUAAAUAUGAAACAUCUCAAAGAUGGCUGAAUAUGAGGGGCUAUGGCUGGUGUAUUAUCUUUAUGACUACACUAAUGUAUCAUAGAUAUAACAAAUCCUCUCUCAGCAGAGACCCACUGUGACCUUUCAGUCAGUAAGACCUUAUAAGUGUUAGUGUGAUACUGACAGAGUAAAAACACUCACUGACUGCUGUGAUGAUAUGGUGAAACCAGACCAGUAGAAUAAUCAUCAUUAUGCAUCCUUACAUAAGAGGAAUUUGUUUAUUUUUAAAUUAGAAUGAGUAUAUUAGGCUUGUGUUAUCAGUCCUAAUGGAGGUUUACACAGAGAGUACAUCAUAUCCUCACAUCCAGUACAGCGGGAGGAUUAGAAAGAGGCUUUAUUUCCAGUCUGUGUGAGGUUGUGUGAUAUGCAUAGUGGUUGUGGGUGUAGGGAUGUGACUCUGUGCUGGCCAGGGGUCAGGGGACUGGUGCUGGGAGGCAAGCGGUGGGAAGUGUUCACACAUCAGUUCCCUCACUGUUUGGCAGAAUGAUGUGUAUCCGAGAAUCGACCCUUUCAAGACAACAUGAUAUGUCAGUAAUAGUGGACCUCACAAUGUUCUCUCUCUGUUCUAUUUUUUUUUUGUCUCUCUCUCGCUCUCUUCUCCUCUCUCCUUCCCCUCUCUCUACAGUGAUUUCCUGAUUCUGCCUGGUUUCAUAGACUUUAUUUCAGAUGAAGUGGUGAGUAUCCAGUGUGUUUGGUUAACCUUUUCAUUGCUAAUAAACAACAGAAGCUACAGUAUCAUAGCCAUGCUACUGCUUUAGUCAACUCCAUUGCUGUUGUCUGGCAUAUUAUGUCAUACCCAUCCCAGUAUAGCCCUGUGUGUGUGUGCAGCUACUCCUCUUCUGUGGUCCUCUCUGUCUCCAUCGCGUUUUAUGUUUAUCUCAGUUGAAUAACGUGUACACACACACACACACACACACACACACACACACACACACACACUCAGCUGGUAACACAGCCAGCCAGACCACUUCACUCCACAACAACACUGAUGAGAAUAGCAACACCAGUCCCUCAUGGCUGAGAGUCAGAGUCAUGCCCUGUGUAAUUGCUUUAGUAGGCUACAGGUGCUGGUGUUUUUAGCUUGUUUGUUCUCUGCUGGCAGAAGGGUAUGUCUCCUGUGGUACAUGACUGUACAUACAGGACUGAGCAGGGACAGCUGACGUCCAUGGUGCCACCUAAUGGCAAUGAGGAGGUAUUGCAUGUUCUGAUUGGUCUUGCCUUACAGUCACAGAUAUUUGGUUGACAGGGUGCCAUUAUUUAUGUAAUUAUGUUUUUCUUCUCGAAUCACUGUGAUGUGAUAAUUGUCUAUUUCCUCCUCUACUUCCUGUUUCUAGGACCUGACCUCAGCUCUGACCAGGAAGAUCACCCUGAAGACUCCUAUCAUCUCAUCUCCCAUGGAUACAGUCACUGAGUCCUCCAUGGCCAUUGCUAUGGCUGUGAGUAUAGAGCCACUCCUCACCUACUCAGCCAGCCAACACCAAUAAGACAAUACCACAAAUCUGUCACCAAACUUAAUUUACUAGUGGUAUUUUUGGUUGUGGUAAUGAGUUUUUUUGUAUUGCCAUAAAUACAAAGAAAAUAUAUGUCUUGUAAUACAUGGACUCAGGUUGAUGCAUAUUGAAGUCUGAUUGGACAAAUGUCUUGUUCGGCUAUGUCUUGUUCGGCUAUUGGUCAGUGCUCUGUGUGUUAUAGCUCAUGGGCGGGAUCGGGAUCAUGCACCAUAACUGUACUCCAGAGUUCCAGGCCAACGAGGUCCGCUUGGUUAAGGUAAGAUGGUGGCUAGCGGUUGGACGACAUGAUGAUGUGCAGUAUAUUGAUAUACCGUUACAUCAACAGUAUAAAGUCUCAUGUCAAAUGAUGUUGUGACAAUGUAACAGUACAUGAAUACACUUCAACUUGCUGGUUUAAUAAAGACAAAAGUACAUUUGCUGAAUGAUGUUUCUUGUUUAUUUAUUUGUGGUCAGAAAUUUGAGCAGGGUUUCAUCACAGACCCAGUGGUGAUGAGUCCUCACCACACGGUGGGAGACGUGUUCGAAGCCAAGGUCCGCCACGGCUUCUCUGGCAUCCCCGUCACCGAGACAGGCAAGAUGGGCAGCAAGCUGGUGGGCAUCGUCACCUCCCGAGACAUCGACUUCCUUUCAGAGAAAGACCAUGACAGACCCCUGGAAGAGGUGUGUGUGUAUGUGGGGUGUGUGUGGAUGACAUGUUUGUUUGUACACGUCCAAUAUAUUUACAAUAUAUUGUCAACACAUAUAUUGUAAACUGGAUGAGUCUAUUUCUUGUAGUAUUGAAUACUAUUCCUGUGAGGUUUACUUGAAUGGCUGAUUCUUGCAGGCUAUGACAAAGAGGGACGAUUUAGUGGUAGCACCAGCUGGCGUCACACUGAAAGAGGCCAACGACAUCCUGCAGCGCAGCAAGAAAGGUACCAUAUGGUAGUGACACAACAUUUCCUGUAGAGACACUUUAGUCAGAGAGGACAUUACAAAAGAUCAAUCUUUGUUUGGAACUUCUGUCUCUCUCAGGUAAACUGCCCAUAGUGAAUGACAGUGAUGAGCUAGUGGCCAUCAUCGCCAGGACAGACCUGAAGAAGAACCGAGACUACCCACUGGCCUCUAAAGACUCCAGGAAACAGCUGCUGUGUGGAGCGGCCAUCGGAACCAGAGAGGAGGACAAAUACAGACUGGACCUGCUGAUGCAGGCUGGGGUUGACGUGGUGGUGCUGGUGGGUCUGGGGAAGGGGUUGGGUUGUUAUAUUGUAUUUUUGGUUACUUGUCCUAUCUUUGGGUUCCGCUCCUCUCUAAACCCUGUCUGUUUACUGCUGUAGGACUCGUCCCAAGGGAACUCUGUCUAUCAGAUCAAUAUGAUCAACUACAUCAAACAGAAAUAUCCUGAACUACAGGUGGUGGGAGGAAACGGUGAGUCUCCUCUACCUUCUCUAGCAAUGCCUCUUUCCCGUUAAUCUCUCUUACAUUUUCACUUUAUUUUUCUUUGUCUUUCUUUCUUUCUUUCCCAUUCUCGAUUUACAAUCUCUCUCACUCUCUCUCUGUAGUGGUGACUGCAGCCCAGGCUAAGAAUCUGAUCGAUGCGGGUGUGGACGCUCUGAGGGUGGGGAUGGGCUGCGGCUCCAUCUGCAUCACCCAGGAAGGUAAUGACAGACAGGGGAGGAACAGCAAAUGAGGAGAGGGGAGGAGAGGAUGAGGACGGAGGAGAGUGUAGAGUUUGCUUAAUGUUUAGUUAAAAACAACUAUUUGUUGGCAAAUUGCUGACACGUUGCUGACAUGUUGCUUUGUGUUAUGUUUGUGUUGUGUGCCAGUGAUGGCGUGUGGGCGUCCCCAGGGCACAUCAGUGUACAAGGUGGCAGAGUACGCCAGGCGCUUCGGUGUGCCCGUCAUCGCAGACGGAGGCAUCCAGACCGUUGGACACGUGGUAAAAGCUCUCGCUCUUGGGGCAUCCACAGGUGUGUAUUUGUGUGUUGAACCCACCAAGCAUUAUUAUUAGCCUUUUCCCACAAACAGGAAAAUCUACACCAUACUAUUGAUGGUCUGACUUUUACCUCCUUUCACCUCUGACCUCUGUGCCCUCAGUGAUGAUGGGGUCAUUGCUCGCGGCAACCACGGAGGCCCCGGGGGAGUAUUUCUUCUCAGACGGCGUGCGGCUGAAGAAGUACCGGGGGAUGGGCUCCCUGGACGCCAUGGAGAAGAACAGCAGCAGCCAGAAACGCUACUUCAGGUAGAGAGAGAGAGACGGUGUGUCUUGUGUAUUUGCAGUAAUAGGGCUAAGGACAGAGGUGUGAGGGGGAGAAGGUGUGUGUGUGUGUGUUGUCUAUUUGCAGUGAUAGGGAUAUUAUGAUUGUGUGGUUAUCUCGACAGUGAGGGGGACAAGGUGAAGGUGGCUCAGGGUGUGUCAGGGUCGGUUCAGGAUAAAGGCUCCAUCCAUAAAUUUGCCCCCUACCUCAUCGCUGGCAUACAACAUGGCUGCCAAGACAUCGGAGCCAAGAGCCUCUGCAUACUGCGGUAAGUCUAUGAAUAGAUGUUAGACUGUGAUAUUGUAUUCGACUUUGAUAUGAUCUGUGUGUCUUUGUUCCAUUGUUGUGAUAUAUUGUUGUACUGUUGUAUGUUAUUUCAGGUCCAUGAUGUACUCCGGGGAGCUAAAGUUUGAGAAGAGGACCAUGUCAGCUCAGGUUGAGGGGGGAGUACACGGGCUCCAUUCGUAAGUCUGCCCCUGCCUGGCUCUGGCAUCGUUUACACAUCCUGUCCUCUGGUAUUUGUUGUAGAUCCUGUGCUCCUCUCCUCUGUGAUCGACUAACCUGUCCUGUUGUGUCCCAUGUUCUGUGCCUGUGGCUGAAGUGUCCUUUAUCUCUGGACUGGGUGGUAGUGUGUGAGUGAGUGUGUGUUUGUUCUCACCAGUGGCGUUCGUAUCUCCUUUACUAUAGGUUGUUUAGGAGUUGCUACUUUAAUCCGGGAUUGGCAGUCAUACCAUACAAGGUCCAUUGUGGGGGCAGGCUUUCGUUCCAGCCAAAGCAGUAACAGCAGAUGCAAGUAAUUAAGGUUUGACUUAAGACUAUGAUUGGUUGAUUUAUUGUUUUGGAUGUGUUACUGCUUUAGCUGGGGCAGAAUCCUGCACCCACUCUGGCCAUUUGUGGAUAGAAUUGCCUACCCCUGAGUAAAAUAGUAGCACUGAAGCAAGUUAAACGUCACAAUGUCUGUCUUCUCUCUCUUUCUCUGACUCAUGCUCUCAUCAUAGAUAUUCUUUUGUGCCAUGUAAGUACAUUCUCCCUGUGCUCACAACUCCAACUCUUUUCCUACUGCAAUUUCCUCUGUUUGUUACCUUUUGGUUUUCAGGAAGACCCAGAAGUCUAGGCCACUUUUUAAAGCCCUACCAAUUUCUUAAAACCCUCAAUCUAGUAUAUGUAGUGUAAAAUGAGUUUCAAUUAAGCUUGACUUAUAUUCCUGACUGUUGUCUCUGUGUGUUGUCUUCCUGUAGUUAUGAGAAGCGGCUAUACUGAGGGAGGAGGGAGAGUGAGCUCACGAGCAGCACCCAGUGUACCCACACCAGCAGCCACCAGGCACAACGGAUACAUGUGA